AUGUUCCGUUCACCUAAUGACGAGUGGUUUUCAGAAAAUAGAGCCAUCAAGGCAUGGCUUGUUUUGCUUACCGUUUGUACGGUCGCACUCCUCGCUUACCUGCGAAAAGGUUUCAGUGCAAACUUACGGCCAAUGCAUACUUCACCUCCGGGCCUUUCCAGAAUCAGAGCUAACUCUUUUCCUGGCAAGGAAUCUACGUAUGGAACCCUGGUCGUUGGUUGCAGUGGUAAUUUGGGCAAUAUGAUGUUCGAAUAUGCGUCUCUGUAUGGACUGGCAAAGACCAACAAUCUAAAGCCUUAUUUUGCCUGUGACAAUGGACUUCUAUACGAAUCGUUCAAAGUGACCAUCACGAGAAUCGAACGCCCUCCUGAAGGACUAACGUUUGUUUCCGGAUACCUUCAGUCUUGGAAAUAUUUCGUCAAUUAUUUCGAAGAGAUACGAAAAGAGUUCACUUUUGAGGAUCGAGUUCGCGAAACUUGCGAACAACAGUUCGACAAGAUCUUGAAGAAACUGGACGUUGCGUCGAGUUACGUGUCGGUCGGUAUUCACGCGCGAAGAGGAGAUUUUGUACGGUUUGGCCAUGCCGCCGCGAACGCCACAUUUCUACACGACGCUGUGGCGUUGGCACGUCGAGAACUGUCACCCCUCGAUCGAAGGAUCGUUUUCAUAGUGGCUGGGAACGAUUUUCAGUGGAACACAAACCACGUCAACGCAUCCGCGGAUGUCUAUGUUCUAAAACCUAUAUCGGCGGCCGUCGACAUGUGCAUUUUGUCCUUGUGUGAUCAUAUUAUCUACUCAAGUGGCAGCUACGGCUGGUGGUCAGCAUUUCUAUCCAACGGUCGAGCAUGGUAUCAAAAAGACAUAUGUUUGCCAGGAACUCCGUUGUGCUUAAAUCACAAGUUUUUCGUUGUCUUGAAGGAUAAAAUCACGGUAAUUGGAUCUUUGGGUUUCAGCACCAUUAUGCCUGCUAUUUUCGCUGAUUCGCCGGCAAACAAAGUGAGCGUUCAAUGA